GGGUCGCGCGCCGUAUCCGCACGGACGUACGUCUCAGCAGCGCGCAUUCACUUUAUUGUUAGCAAUAUUUCAGCGUUCGUUUUUUGUUCAAAUCCUUUUCGUGUGCUCUCUUGACGCGAAGUUGUUUAACAGAUUUUUAUUUUAAAAAUUUAUAUAUUCUUUCACAGUAAAGCUCUUUGUUGACGAUGACGUAAAAACAGUGCCGGUGACAAGGGUGAUGUGAAUUGUGUUGUGUUGUGAUUGAGAUGUGCCUUGUGUAGUUCUGGUUAGGAUGGGGUAUGCGUCGGCUGGCACGGGGCGGGCGGCGCACGAGGCGCUGCUGGCCCGACAGGACGCCGAGCUCCGGCUCAUGGAGACGAUGAAGAGAAGUCUCCAGGCCAAGAUGAAGAGCGACCGGGAAUACGCCCUCGCACUCUCCGCGGCCGCUGCUCAGGGCCAGAAGAUGGACAAAUGCGAGGAACUUAACGGCUCGGUGAUAGCCUCAGCCUGGCGCACCAUGACUGAAGAGUGGGAGAACACGAGCCGGCAGAUCAAAGCCAACGCCGAGGCGCUGGAGUCGCGCGCGCUGGACCGGCUCACCUCGCUCAUGGUGGAGCGGCGGAAGGCCCGCAAGGUCUACCAGGAGGACCACGCCAAGAUAUCCUCGCAGUUCACACAGCUGUCAGAGGAGGUGACGCGGAAGCAGAGCGAGUACCAGAAGUGCCUGGAGUCGUACAAGCAGAUGCGCGCCAAGUUCGAGGAGAACUACCUAAAAUGUCCAACGAGCCGCGGUGGUCGCAAGCUGGACGAGACGCGGGACAAGUACGGCAAAGCGUGUCGGAGGCUGCACCGGGCGCACAACGAGUACGUGCUGCUCCUGGCCGAGGCCACGGAGUGCGAGCGUGCGCUGCGGACGGCCGCGCUGCCCGCGCUGCUCGACCUGCAGCGGCGGCAGGGCGAGGCCACCGCCACCUCCUGGAAGAACAUCCUUCUGGAGGUGGUGCAGCGGUCGGACUUCAACACGGACAAGUUCCGGGAGAUCCAGAGUAAGGUGGACUCCACCGUGCAGAACCUCAAGCCCCACGAGGAGUACAAGGAGUUCAUUGAGAAGUACAAAUCACCCCCUUCAACGCCAGUAUCGUUCACGUUCGACGAGAGUCUAGUGGAGGACACGAGCGGCAAGCUGCAGCCCAACCAACUGACAGUGGACAACCUUACCGUAGAGUGGCUUAAGGAGAAGCUGACGGAACUUGAGGGCACCCUGCAAGACAACCGCGAGAAACAGGCACAGCUGGUGCCGGAGGCCAAUGGAGUCUGCAAGAACAACAACACCAGUCUCACCAACGGCGUCAAUGGGAUCGACAGGCAUUCCCCUCCGCCGAUCCCGGCGACGGCGUCCGAGCCGGUGAAACUGUUGGAGCUGCGGAUGGCCGAGCGCAAGUGCGCCAAGCAGGCAGAGAUGAUUAGGUCUGCGCUGGCGGAGCUGGGGUGCGAGGAGGCGCCGAGCGGCUGCCCCGACCUGUCGGCCGAGACGGUGGGCGUCGACAGCCUGGACGGCAGCUCGACCGACCACCAGGAGCGUUCCUCGAUCGGGUCGAAAACGUCCACCGAGGCGCUGCGCCUGCGGCUGCACUCCAUAAUCCCGCCGCGACCCUUCUUCCGGAUGUUCGCGCGCCCCUUCCGGCGCAAGUCCGUGCCCUCCAGCCCGGCCCUCCCCCCCAAAACCUACCGCAGCAGCAGCGAGGGGCCCGCCGACUCGGUGGGCACGCUGGAGGCGGAGCGGUCGCUGGUGGAGCAGGAGUGGUUCCACGGCGUGCUGCCGCGCGAGGAGGUGGUGCGGCUGCUGCGCGCCGACGGCGACUACCUCGUGCGCGAGACCACGCGCAACCACGCCCGGCAACUAGUGCUGUCCGUCUGCUGGGGGCAGCACAAGCACUUCAUCGUGCAGACCACGCCGGAGGGUCACUACAGGUUCGAGGGCGCGGCGUUCCCGUCGGUGGCGGAGCUGAUCGCGUGGCAGCGCACCAGCGGCGUGCCCGUCACCGCGCGCUCCGGCGCGCUGCUGCGCCGCGCCGUGCCGCGCGAGACCUGGGAGCUCAACAACGACGACGUGCAGCUGCUGGACAAGAUCGGACGGGGCAACUUCGGCGACGUAUACAAGGCGCGGCUAAAGACGACAGGGCAGGACGUGGCGGUGAAGACAUGUCGCGUAGCGCUGCCGGAGGAGCAGAAGCGGACCUUCCUGCAAGAGGGAAGAAUUCUCAAGCAGUACCAGCACCCCAACAUCGUGCGGCUCAUCGGCAUCGCAGUACAGAAGCAGCCUAUCAUGAUAGUCAUGGAGCUGGUCUCAGGUGGUUCCCUGCUAACGUUCCUCCGUCAACGCGCCUCGUCGCUCGGGUCGCGCGCCCUGCUGGCCAUGUGCCGCGACGCCGCCGCCGGCAUGCGCUACCUCGAGUCCAAGAACUGCAUCCACCGGGACCUGGCCGCGAGGAACUGUUUGGUUGGAGACGACCACGCGGUGAAGAUCUCAGACUUCGGAAUGUCAAGAGAGGAAGAGGAGUAUAUCGUGUCGGGGGGCAUGAAGCAGAUACCGAUUAAGUGGACGGCGCCGGAGGCCUUGAAUUAUGGCAAGUACACGUCCCUGUGCGACGUGUGGAGCUACGGCGUGCUGAUGUGGGAGAUCUUCUCCAAGGGCGAGACGCCCUACGCCGGCAUGACCAACUCGCGGGCUCGAGAGAAGAUCGAUUCGGGGUACCGCAUGCCGGCGCCCGAGGGCUGCGGCGAGGACGUGUACGCGCUGAUGCUGCGCUGCUGGGAGUACGAGCCCGACAAGCGGCCGCACUUCCACCAGCUCUUCACCGCCAUCGACAACAUCUACAACAGAUAGCCCUGUCCUACGGGCUAUGCCAAUCAUGUAUCUUACAUUACGCUACUGGUGCUAGAGCCCAGAGCGGAUAACUGCAGUGGGGACUGCAUCGGCGACCGUUCGCCUCGUGGCCGUGACGUUCACAUAUCUAAUGAUAGCGCUGUUAAUGCAUCUAUAUCCAGACCACAGAGAAUAUAUAAGUAGCCUAGUGUUGAUACAUGGUAUAAUAAUAUACUCCGCCUGGUACUCUCUUCCCGUCUUUUCUAGGUCACCUAACUGACACAAGCCUACGUCAUCAUGCGACAGCGCUAUAUGAUAAUAUGCGAUAGCGCUAUAUAUAGCGGCCAUGUUAUUGUGACGUAGGCCUGUGUCACUCUGGGAAGAGAAGACCAUGUUUUAUUAGACUAUGGUGUUGAUAUAAAGGACUUGGGACUUGGAGAUCGCACCGUACGACCGUCAAUGCAGUAAAACGGUACAGAUAGGUAAGAAACGAUCACUAGGAACUAUUUUCCGAAAGUGCUCCUUUACUUUAUUUAGCACUUAAAUCCAAUUUCUAGUUAAUUGACCUUUCGUGAACCUUAUGUGACAAAAAUAAAUAAUAAUGGUCAGUUAAGUAAAGUUUGUACAAUUCAAAGUGAUGCAAAUGACCAAAAUGUUGACAUUGAAUUGAUAUAGUAUAUUUUCUAUUUGUAAUAACCUAUUCAUUUCAUUCAUAGAAAUUAUUCUGAGAAAACCUUGCAAUGUGAUAAGUGAAUGUGUAUUUUCAAUGAUAUUGUUUGGAUUAAUUGACAAUUAUAUUAAUUAUACUACCUUUUAAAAAUGUUUGGCCAAGAAAAUUUUUGAAAGUUUGCAGCAAGAUGUAAUAAUGGCCAGAUUCUAUUGAAAUUGACAUGGUAUAAUAAUAUACUCCGCCCUGGUACUCUCUUCCGAGACUCGCGAACCACCUGACUGACAUAAGCCUGCGUCAUCAAUGUCAUCAUGCUGUUCACAGGUUCAGAUGACGUCACGCUUGUGUCAGUCACGUGGUUCGCGAGUCUCGGAAGAGAGUACCAGGCGGAGUAUAUUAUUAUACCAUGGAACCGAGAGUUAGGAAUAAUUUAGAGGAAUACUUGUACCUCUUUGUGAAAACAUGCUUAAAUAUAAAAAUUCGUCGUCGUGUGUCGUCGUCGUCGGUUUGUAAAAAUGAAAUGUAACGUUGUUUUAUUUGAAUAAAGUAAGUUGUAAGAAUAAUGUGUGUAUGUGUACAGUUAGGGUACUUGUUGUUUAGUAUUGUUGGAACGACGCGGAGUGAUGAUCUCUUUCGAAUGGUACUUUCUAGCAAGUAGGACACGGACAGUAGUCAGUAAAAUGUCUUCAUAUAUAGGACUGAAGAUUAUCUUUCAAAUAUAGUUGUACUAAGACAGUCUUCCACAUAAUAAAUAUAUAAGUGUUUGAUGCAAUUAAUAUUGUGUAGUUCAUAUUGUUUAUUGUAUGAAUAUUAUGUAAUGAGAUUUGUAUUUCUAUUAUGAUAUUGCUGUGUAGUUUCAGUAAAAUACUUCACUGUGCUUCCAUUAUGUGCCUUGUAUAUCUUGAUGUUAUAAAAACACAUGUUAAAUGGUUUAUGUCAGUAUAUAUGUUAAGAAAUGAACGCGGGAAUUCGGUAUGUAAUGUGAUAACUCGUAUAGUGCUUCCGUGUACUUUAUUUUCUAUAUAAUUAUCUUAUGUGUCUUGCCUAGUAUCUUGUGCAUGCAUAUGUGAUGAGAGUUUUUGAAUUUAACGUUUAUAAAACACAAAGUGAGAUGAAUAUUAAUGUAAGUGCUAUAGUAUAUUGCGUUUUAUAUUUUAAUGGUAACAAAUUGACUGUACAUAUUUUUUUCAUAAUAAAUGUGCCAGAUAAUAUUGGAAAA